GGAAAUACAAAAGCUCGCCGAAAAAACAGUAAAACAAAAGUGCGGUCAAAACUAGAGACGUGGAUGAACGUUUUGAAGUCGUGGGUAGAAAGCAAGGGUCUUAACGAUGAUGUUGUCGAAUACGAAGGUAAGGAACAUGACGAAUGCCUCUCGCGAUUCUUUGCCGAAAUUCGCAAAAGCGAUGGCUCCGACUACCUGCGGGACAGCCUAAGGGCUACGUUAGCUGCCUUCGCCAUGCACCUCAAAAAAAUGACAACAAAACAUCCAUAACGAACGACCAAGAAUUUGUCAAGUGCAGAAUGUUCUCGGAAGGAAAAACAAGAGCUCUUCGCGAAAAAGGCCACGGAAAAUGGCUAAAUGCAACAAAAGCCCCUACCGUCCUCGAGAAGCUGUUGAAAAAUCGUGA